AAUGUUUGAAAUGGACAGAUCGAUGUGAUUACAUAUUGAUUGAUUUCAUCGGCUGGCGAUAAUGAUUCCUCAAAGAGCAUAUAACCAACAAAGUAAAUUUAGCAACAUUUGAAGUUUUUGAAGUCUACAAACAAUGUUGCACAGAACAUCUUCUUCACGUCGACGCCGAGCGUCUCGCAGUGCUGCAACCUCUCCUCAAACUAGAUCUCCAAGACCUUCAGCUCAAUCUUCUCGUCGGGCUUCUUUGGCAACUACCGAAACUGACGAUGAACUAGAACAAACACCUCAAAGAAGCCCUAGAGCGAGUUUGGCACCAGAUGCAGCACUGGAAAUAUAUCAUCGAAGCCCCCGUCAUUCCCUUGUACCAGAGACAAGAUCUGCAAGAAAUUCCAUUACGCCAGAAACAGCAUUAACUAGAAAUACUUUGGCUCCGGCUAGAAAUAAUUUAAGCGUAGAACAAUCUUACGGAUCAAGAUUAAGCUUAAAUCCUCAAGAUUUUAAUAGAAGUCCAAGAAAUAGUUUAACUCCUGAUAUAUCAGCUAGGAGUCCUAGAAGAAGCUUAGUUCCAGACGGAACAUCAUGGAAUCAACCAAGAAAUUCUUUAGUUCCAGAUGUUGGACGUAGUCCGCGACAUUCUGUUGCCAAUAUACAAAUUGACCCUGCUCGGGCUCAAAAAGAACUAGGACCAAGUCCUCGAACUAGUCCUAGAGGAAGUAUAAUUCCAGAUACGAUAAAAAAAGAACUUCCCGAUUUAAACAGAAGUCCAAGGGGUUCCUUAAUUCCAGAUUCACAAAGAAGUCCAAGAGGGAGUAUUGCUCCUUCAGAGAGGAGUGCGAGAGGAAGUCUAGUUACUGGUGACGUGGAAGCAGCUAGAGGAAUCAGCCCCAGAGGAAGUCUCACACUAACAUUUCAAGAACCCUUGGUGUCUAGAGAACGACGGGCGAGUGAAGAUAGUCAAUGUGCCUGUAACAGAGGACGGAGUGUGUCACCAUAUCGAGCAUCGAUGGGUGGUCGGCAAAGUGGAGCAACAGCUUUAUCUGACACUGGUUCACGACGAGCAUCCAGUUCUGUUAGUCAAGUAUCUGGGGAUGAGCAACGAAGACUAUGCGGAGAACAUGCUAAAUACACCGAAAGAAGUGGUCUGGGUCUGGGCCUGGGAGUUGGUCUUACAACUUACGGUUCUGUUGCUUAUCAGCUCAAAGAUGCAAAUAUGGAGGCAACAGGUACAAUUGACUUCAUUUGCAGAGCUGCCAAGAUUAUGAAUAGAACAAUUGUCAUGACCGUAUUCCUGGCCUGUCUUUCAACUUUACCGGUGAUCAUGUUAAUUAUGGGUGUUCAGUACAUUCGCGACUGCCCAGCCGAGCCUCGAAUACCAGUGUACAUGGUUGUUGGCGGUGCAGCUGGAGGUAUUGGCAUUUUCUGGCUACUGUGGGCUCAGCUUGCUAGUAGGAGUGCCACUUCGCCUGCUAGCAUCCCCGAGCUGAUACUCGCUUACACCCUGACUAUAUUUCUUAUAUGUUGGUUCGGCUUUGGGAACUUCUGGAUACUAAACAUCAUGUGGCCAGAUUUUGCACCAACUCUAUUUGAACCUAACAAAUGGUGCCACCGCACUCUGUACGUGUUUGCGUUGACUCAGCUGGGCUUGGUAUGGGGUGUGAUCGCUCUGAUACUGAUGAUAAUAUCGGCUCUGGUGAUCUGUCAAGUAUUCGGCUGCGGUUGGCUGGGACCACCGAGAUACAAGUAGCAACGGCGCAGUGUCGUGCUUGAGCUGUGGCACAGAAAUAUCAACAACACGAUGGACGUAGCUGGCGCACUCUUACCUUUCACCCAAGUCGUCCGCCCUGAACUAACCAUCCACGUCCAAGAAGUUCUUACUCAGGCUGAUAAAGAUGCACCAGACACUAAAAUGAAGAUUCCAGAAAUAAACGAACCGGAUAAGAGUGAUGACGAAGGUUCAAAAAAUGAUAUCAAAAAUGUUAGUAGAAGAAAUAGUGUUAGUCAAGCCUGAUGGUUGUUGGUCGUGCUACCGCCGCACGGCAAAAAGCACGUGCACUUCGAAGGGGCAGACAGAAUAUACUACUUCUAAUUAAGACUGCUCGUGAAAUGAACGUCAUUCAACUGGCAUUGCUUUUUGCAGUAGUGCAUAAGUGCGUGCUCAUUA